AUGAUCCUCAACAAAAAAGCGCGUUCGCUCCACCACAAGACCGUCAAAACACCGUUCCCGCGCAAGUCGAAGAAAUUCGAUUUCUCCAAAUCACAGAAGACGUUCUUCGCCCGAGACAUAGUCAGGGAAAUCGUAGGAAGGGCUCCCUACGAGUUGUGCGCCAUGGAUAUGAUCAAGAAGAGCCAGGAUAAGAGGGUAAAGAGGUAUUUAAGGAAAAGACUGGGCAACUUGAAGUGUGCGAAGAAGAAGAUUGAUAGUCUGACCGCUGAGAUACAUCAAUAA